GUAGAAGUAAACCAGCGUGCACUGGUCGAUAAAGUGCUCGCUCGAUAUCCUGAAGAGUUUACAGUGUUCCGAGAACUAUUACAGAAUGCAGACGAUGCUAGAGCCAAGAAGGUCCUAAUAGAGUUUCAGACGAAGGACUACGCUACACAUUCUGCAGGAGCAAACGGCAAGACAAAUGGAAUCAAUGGCACAACCGAUUUCCCGGACUUGGUCACAAUGAAGUUGUACAAAUGGGUUGUUCGCAACAAUGGUGAUUAUUUUGAAGAUAAGGACUGGGGACGACUGACGAAGAUUGCAGAUGGCAACCCGGACGAACAGAAGAUCGGGGCAUUUGGAGUUGGGUUCUACAGCAUCUUCGGUAUCACUGAUAGCCCCCAGGUCUUCUCUGGAGGUAAGCGCCAAGCUCUUUCCUUGACUAGAUCCACCAUGCCAAUUGGAACACCUGAUAGCGAGUGGACUUCCAUCGAGAUGCAGCUGAAGGAAGAUAUGCAAGUUCCCGUCCCGAAGCCAUUCGAUUUGGCCCGGUUCUUGGCAACUACUAUGACAUUCAUGUCAUGUGUGGAAAAUACCCAUGUUUUUUUCAAUGACAAAAUCUUCAUGAAGAUCGCCAAGUCCAGACAAGUACCCAGCUCCAUUCGUGUUCCCAAAGAUAUGAUACCGAGGAGCAAGGAGGACACGAUGCAUAUCAAGGGACUUUCAGUAGUUAGUGGGUUGCAUGUUGUAUUCUCGGCACGUGAAGCAUACUGA